AUGGAGGUUCCUCUAGUCAACUUUGAGAACCUGGAUGACAUCGGAAUCAAUCUGGAAGACCCGAGUGACUCGGGAUAUCCAACCUCAUCCACCUCAGAUGCCCAGGAAACAAACCAUGGGAGCCAUGGCAUAAACUCAAUCCCCCACUCACCUCAGAGAGUAAGACAGCCGAGGCGCUCACUGGCCUCUCCACCAACACUCAGCAAAAAAAAAAGAACAUCAAGCUGCAACAGCCUGAUUUCCAACUGGAAGGUUCUGAUGAGCAGCGAGGGCAGUCCCAAUGAGGCUCUGCUAGGAAAAGUAACCAAGGAUUGUUUCGAGGACUAUUUCGCUGAAAAGGAGAAAUUCUACGAGGGUGAACAAAAAGUAGUUAUCAAUGUCUCAGGGAUGAUGUAUGAGACAACACUUAAAACUUUGAAUCAGUUCCCAGAUACCUUGCUGGGAGACCCCAUGAGAAGGAUUGACUAUUUUGACCCCAUGAAGAAUGAGUAUUUCUUUGAUCGCAACCGCCCGAGCUUCGAUGGAAUCUUGUAUUUCUAUCAGUCUGGAGGUAAGGUUCGGAGGCCAGCAAAUGUGCCAUUGGAUGUGUUUGCUGAUGAGAUAGUGUUCUAUCGACUAGGGCAUGAUGCCAUGGAACAGUUCAAGGAAAAUGAAGGUUACAUCAAAGACCCUGAGCCUCAGCUCCCAACCAUUGAGCUUCACCGUCAAUUUUGGCUUCUCUUUGAGUACCCAGAGAGCUCCAGUGCUGCCAGGUCAGUGGCCUUAGUGUCUGUUCUUGUCAUCACUAUAUCUAUUUGCAUCUUCUGCCUGGAGACGCUCCCUGAAUUCCGUGAUGAUCGCGAAUUUAUGCCUGCUUUUGUCAACUUAACCCAUGAUGCCAAUGGAACGCUUCUAUCCCCUACUCCUCGUCCAAAGGCCCUGCUCUCUGCCUUUACUGACCCCUUCUUUGUGGUGGAGACCAUCUGCAUCAUUUGGUUCUGUUUUGAGCUUAUAGUACGUUUCAUAGUGUGCCCCAGCAAGAGCGAGUUUUUUAGCAAUAUUAUGAAUGUCAUUGACAUUGUGUCCAUUAUGCCCUACUUCAUAACUGUCAUAACAGAACUGAUGGCCGCCCACGACAAAGACCCCAUCGCCAACCAGAACAUGUCUCUGGCUACACUGCGUGUCAUCCGAUUAGUGCGUGUCUUCAGGGUUUUCAAGUUGUCCCGGCAUUCUAAGGGCCUCCAGAUUCUAGGCCAAACCCUGAAGGCCAGUAUGAGGGAGCUGGGCUUGCUUAUUUUCUUCCUUUUCAUUGGCAUCAUCCUCUUCUCCAGUGCCAUUUUCUUUGCUGAGGUUGACGAACCUGAUACUCAGUUCGUGAGCAUCCCGGAGGGAUUCUGGUGGGCUGUGGUCACAAUGACGACGGUUGGCUAUGGUGACAUGUGCCCUAUCACAUUGGGAGGAAAGAUGGUUGGGAUCCUCUGUGCCAUCGCUGGUGUACUGACCAUUGCACUUCCCGUUCCUGUCAUCGUCUCCAACUUCAACUACUUCUACCAUCGUGAAACAGAGCAGGCGGAGAAACAGGUGAUUGAGGUUGCUGCUGAGGCUGCUGCAAAUCAGAAACGUAUUUCUGAAGAGAAGUAUGAAAGCAAUUACUCGCUGGACAAGAGCAAUGGGAAUUGGCAGACAGGGAAAAACAGUGUUCCAUAA